AUGGAAGCUGGAAAGUUCCUAGGAUUCAUGAUAACCCAAAGGGGGGUAGAAGCCAACCCCGAGAAAUGCCAAGCGAUACUCCAGAUGAAGAGUCCGGGCUGUGUCAAGGACGUCCAGAGAUUGGCAGGUCGACUCACCUCGUUAUCCCGUUUCCUCAGAGCUUCGGCAACAAAAGCCUUACCCUUCUUUAACCUCAUGAGGAAAGGGAUAGCAUUUGAAUGGACGCCCGCGUGCGAGGAAGCUUUCAGACACUUCAAGGAAAUCCUAGUAACACCCUCUGUGCUCAGGAAGCCAAAGGCCGGGGAGCCGUUAUACCUAUACCUCGCCAUAACAGGAGAAGCCCUGGCCACGGUUUUGAUACGAGAAGAAGGAAGGGCUCAACAACCAGUCUGUUUCGUGAGCAGAGCCCUACAAGGGGCGGAGCUAAGGUACAAUAAACUGGAAAAGCUAGCUCUGGCACUAUUGACCUCUUCUCGGAGGUUAAAACAAUACUUCCAAGGUCACCAGAUUGUCGUAAGGACGGACCAAGGAAUUCGACAAGUACUCCAAAAACCCGAUUUGGCGGGAAGGAUGAUGACUUGGUCCAUUGAACUCUCCCAAUAUGACAUACGGUAUGAACCCCGGCAAGCAAUCAAGCCACAAGCAAUGGCAGACUUCCUGGUAGAGGUAACGGGAGAUCCAACCGAAGAGACGGGCACACGGUGGAGGCUCCACGUGGACGGGGCCUCCAAUCAGAUGUCUGGAGGCGCCGAGAUCAUCCUAGAGAGCCCAGCCGGGGUCGUAUACGAGCAGUCGAUCAAGUUCGAGUUCCCCGUCUCGAACAACCAAGCAGAAUACGAAGCCCUCAUAGGAGGCUUAGCCCUAGCAAAGGAAGUUGGAGCGACGAGGUUGGAAAUAUGCAGCGAUUCACAAGUCGUCACCUCCCAAGUAAACGGGAGCUACCAAGCCAGAGACUCGCUACUACAAAAGUACUUGGAGAAAGUCAAGGAUUUGAGCCAGAAAUUCGAGGAGGUCACGAUCCACCACGUUCCGAGAGAAAGGAACACACGGGCAGAUCUCCUAUCAAAACUGGCCAGCACAAAACCGGGAGAAGGCAACCGAUCUCUCAUCCAGGGUAUGAUGAGGGAGCCGGCAGUCACUCUACACCUGUCAAGCCUAAGCCCCUUAUGGUUGGAUCCCAUCACCAACUUCUUAGAAAAUGGCAAACUCCCCGACGACGAAAAAUAUGCUAAGAAACUGAGAAGGGAAGCAGCCAAAUACGCGAUCAUCCAGGGUCAGUUGUUCAGAAAAGGACUCAACCAACCCCUAUUGAAAUGCCUACAUCCUGACCAAAUGGACUACGUUCUUGGGGUAGUCCAUGAAGAGUGUUGCGGCCAUCACAUAGGGGGCAAAGCCCUAGCGAGAAAAUUAAUCCGAGCUGGAUACUACUGGCCAUCAAUGAUGGCAGACUCUAAAGAAUUUGUUAAAAAAUGCGUCAAGUGUCAAGAGAACGCCAAUUUUCACAGAAUACCAGCUUCCGAGCUAAGCUUGUUAACGUCUUCCUGA